CGAAGGGGUCGCAAGACAACCGGUCCUCAGGAUGACUGCUACGAUUGCAAACGAGACAAGGUCAAGUGCGACCGCUCACGUCCAUAUUGCUCUCAAUGUCUUUCACGCGGCUUUGCGAAGUGUAGCGGGUAUGCAAAGACGGACUUCCAAUGGGGUCAGGGCGUCGCAAGCCGUGGUCGUUUACGCGGUCGGUCGAUCCCCGUCAAGGAUGUUGAAGAGCAGCUUUGCGAACCCAUCGUCAAGGCAGAGCCUUCGUCGAAUUCAAGAGCCCCUUCCAUCAGUACGAUCGAUCUUCAUCAGCAGUGCUCAACAACCGACGCCAUCGAUCAGAAGUACUCGCCGACCUCGUUCAGUAUUCUUGGCUAUGAGCUCCCGUCGCCUCCGGGCCCAUUGGCCCAGAUCUACCAGGAGUGGCGCGGUCAUAGUUAUCCGAGGCAGCAACGGUUGCAGUCGAUAGACGAGAUUCCGACCACAAGCCUGUCGUCUUCGACAACGAUCAACAACACGAGGACGCGAUACGACGACGACGAUACCAGAUCUCCACACCAGACAGUGGUGGACAUCUAUGAGUCGCGUUUCAGCAGCCCGUUCUACCAGGUCGACCGUAAGCUCCGUUCUCUGAUGCACUUUUAUGAGCAGAACGUCUGCCCGUGGAUCGUGGCAUUUGAUGGGCCGGACAACCCGUACCGAAAACACAUCAUGGUGUUAGCCACGACAAGCCAGGCCUUGCAACAUGCCAUCGCCGCCCUGGCCGAGAACAACCACUUGAAACGCACUCACAGGCCCAGCGGAUUUAUCGAGGAUGCUGAGGAUCCAUCCAAGAGUCGUGUUCAGGUUCGACGGCAGAGUCAGCUGGAUGAAGGUCAAUCGCUUAAGAAGCGUGCCUGCCAUCUUUUGAACAAACAGCUAGAGGCCCCAGACGCUGCGCAAGAUGACUCCGUUCUUGCGACGAUCCUGGUGCUCUGCUUACUCUCCGUGUGUGACACUGGCGUCAGUAGGAUGACCUCACAACUGGAAGGCGUGCAAAAGAUUCUGCAGCGGAGGAACCCGACUUCUCAACAAUCCGACUUCUUGAAGUGGGUACAGAUGUUUUUCAUUUGGUUCGAUGUCAUGACCAGCGCGGUCAACGAGCGCGAGACACGCAUCACCGGCCACGGACUGGAUUGGCAAGAUCUACGGACGGACAUGGGUGCUAUGGAAGAGCUCUCUGGCUGUGACGGAAGAUUGUUCAAGGUCAUCGCAAAGCUUGGCCGGUUGGACCUUCUAGCCCAGGGGAAGCCUGUCCGAGCCGUACGGAACGAUAUGCCGGCGUCAUCGGGUCCAAGAGAUAGCUUGGGCGCGGACGCUUCAUUCGUGUCGGACAUCGACCACGACUGGCCAUUCCCGAGCCUGGAUCAAAUUUUGUCUGGACACGACUCCGAACCACGCUUUCCCGACGACCGAGUCGCUUUCUGGCAGGAAUGGCACGAUGUGCGCUUCGCACUGGAGACUUGGACGCCAUCCGCCAAGCCCUCGCCGACCCACGAGACCCCCGAACAGAGAUCGAGUCGCAUCGACAUGGAGCACAUCAACCAAAGCUUCCGCUACGCGUGCUUUCUGUUCACCGAGCGCCUGGCGGAUCCAUUUACCCCAAGCUCGGCCCCACGCUUCCAGCGGCACGUCAUGCAGGGCAUGCAGCACAUCCGCGAGAUCCCCGUGGACAGCUGCGUGACGAAGUUCCUGCUCUGGCCGCUCUUCAUCCUGGGCACCGAGUGCGCGGUCGAGUCCCACCGCGACCUGAUCCGCGCCCGCUGCGUCGCCAUCCACCGCGAGAGCGCCUUCGAGAACAACCUCUCGGGCCUGGGGAUGCUGAAGCGCAUCUGGGCGGAGAUCUCGCCGGGGGGCUUCGGAGCUCCGGGGGCGGACGAGGUGGAGACCGCCGGCCGCUACCACGACUACGAGGAGAGCCGCAAGGGGAGAUUGUACGGCCGGCCGCUCCGAUGGCGGAGAUUCAUGAUGCAGAUCGACGGGGAGUAUAUCGUCCUUUGA